CUUAUGCAGACCAAUUUGUCAAAAUGGCGCAUCGUAAUUUUUUAAUUCGAUUCUGGUUGAGCGGAUUGUUGUGUUUACAAGGCACAGUGUCAGCUUUGAAAUGCCAGCAGUGCAAGAACUACGACAGCUUCCUGGUUUCUCCGCAACUCAACACACGGGACUGUCGCAACUCCUCUACCACGUUAACGGUGGACUGUCCCGGGAAACUAUGCGUUAAAUUUGUUGGGGCGCUGUAUGGGAGUGCGUCCGCUGUACCACAACCGAACACUCUCGAUGGCAUUCAACGAGGAUGUGCGAGCGAUUUGGUGAUCCAGUAUUUGAAACCGGAGAGCGCCGCCUACGGUCCCUAUGGAAGCUGCCAGAAAGGCGUGCGGAUGGUACCCACUCCGUACUUUUCCAUGUUCGGCAGUAAUUUGGUGCCGACGUACACUUUCGACGGAAUCUGGUGCUUUUGUGCCGGUGAUAACUGCAAUGCCGCCGUAUCUUUAUCCAGGAAUAUUUGGCUCAUUAUGUCAUCCUUUGUCGCCUACAAAUUGCAUAUGGUUCUGUGACUGCAUUACAUCUUUUCUCGUGUCGUGUUUCGCUCACUGGAGAAUACCGCAUCGCAUUCCGGACGCCGGAGACGCGGAAAUCUCCAUGGUUUUUCACAUAAGCAAACUUGGAAAGCCUUUUAUUUUCUUCUGCUCUGUAAAAAAUUUGUAGAACGACAAUAACUAUCACUUAAUCAAGCGUAGUAAAGUUUGUCAUGCGGAAUAUCGUAGUGCAGCAAAUUAGCAACGUACUCGUAAUUAUAUUUAUGCAAUUUGUAGCGGAUUAACAGCACUUGUUUGACGAGUCCAAUCGGAAACUGAUCAUGUUUAGAAACUGCCGAUAACGAUCUUAAUUUGUAUCUGUACCGAAAUAAAAAAUAGCUUUA